AUGACAGCUCCACUUCCACAAUUUACGGAUCGAGAUGAUGCUAUCCAGGAUUCCGAGGGCAGCUCGAGUCCGCUCCAGGCUCCCCUAACUGAUCCCGGGUCACAGUGUCACUCCAACUCACACGAACGACCAGCGGUGACCACCAGGAAGAGGAAACGGGAUGGCACAGCUACGACUCCGCCACCGCGGCGGUCGACCGGGCCUCCGCGUCCAUUCAAUCACAUCCCUAAAGAGAUCUUCCUUGAAGUCGUUCACCAUUUGCAGCCUAUCGAUCUUCUUCAGCUUGCGCGCACCUCCAAGCAGUUCAGGGCAAUAUUAUUAUCGCAUUCCACCGCCUUGGACUGGGAUGUGGCCUACGAGAAUAUCGGUGCGCCACCUUUUCCGCGCGAUGUUUCAGCACCUGCAUGGACAUACUUCCUCUUUGACCACAACAAGUGCGAUUUCUGCGACAAAACUGCCAAUAAUACGGGUUUCAUUGCUCUCGAUUUUGUUUCGUCGCUCAGGAUGUGUCAUCGAGCGUCGCUGUGUCCCUCAGCGGCCGAUGAAGUACUCACCAGCGAUGAUGCACUUCGGAUUCUGACAGGUCUCGAUCCGAUCCUGCUUAGUUGCAUUCCCGCUAUACCGAAGCGCAUAGUGGAACUCAGACACAAUAAGGAUGCAGACCUUUUUUGGAAGCGUCAAGUCGAGGCUGCCAAAUACAAGGUCGAACAAAUUAUCGCUGCUGUCAGCGACCCGGCGCAUGUGCAGAACGUAUUGCAGGAAUUCAUAAUGGCCGAAACCAAGAGGUUGGAAGAGAAAGAGCCUGACGAUGAACUAUACGAACAUUGGUUUCAAUCCGUCAAAGCCGCUCGUUCUGAGAAACGCGAAGCCAACAAAAUAGACCGUCAAGCUCAAAUUAAGGCCCGAUGCCUCGAAAUGGGAUAUACCGAAGCAGACUUUAAGAAGAUCAAUACUCAUAAAGAAGUCCGUAACGAAAAACCAUUAACUGAGCGAGUUUGGGAACGAGUCAAGGCUAUUAUUGAGCCUCUUCUCGCCCAGCAUAAGGCUGAAAGGCUACGGAUAGAGCGUGUGGGACGAUUUAUAGAUCGCCUCCGCCUCCUUGAAGAGGUCUGUGUAGACCUCAUCGAAUGGCUCGAUAUUCCUGGAUUCCCAGAACCUACAGGUUACCGUGGUCCUCUGGCAGACAAUCUAGAUGAAGCUAUUACCAAGCCCCUCACCGACCGAAGUCGCAAUCACUCUUGGCAUCUCUACCUUCCGGACCAUCGUGACAUCCUAGAGCAGCUCCCCGCGCUUCAGUCGCUUAUUCUUGCAGAUGACGAUAGCUCCGACUCGACUAUGCAGCAAAGGAUGCGUGCCAUCCUUUCCGAACGCUUCUACGAUCAUGAGGAGACAGAGCAACAAUGGCUUCCUAAACAUUGGAUUGAGCACACCUGGCGCCAACACAGUAUGGCACUGCCUUCGAAUAACGAUGAACAGCCCUCUCCUUCGAGAGCACAUGCGACACCUCAAUCGAAUAUCCCGAACUUCCAACUCCUCAAUACUUCCGAAGAAUUCCAGGCCAAACUCUUGGAUAGAGAAACAUCGGUGCGGUACCAUCGAGACAAGGGGAGGGACUGGGGAUGCGAACUCUGUAUUGCGCAUCUUACGCGACAUCGGUCCUUCACGAAUUGGUUUACGCGAGAGGAGGUCUGCGCACACGUCGUCGAUGCGUGA